GUUCCUCUUCAGUGUCGAAAGGCUUGUCUUUGUUUAUUUUAUGAAUGAGGAAGAGGUUGGGAUGGUCUGAGGUGAUUCCUAACAAUACUCUGAGAAAUGGAAGACAGCGAUGGGGAAGAUCUUAAAGAAGCACCUGAACUGCCACAAGAGAUUAUAGUUUACAUCCUGAGUUUUCUUAAUGCUUCAGACAGGAAGGAAGCCUCGCUGGUCUGCCACAGCUGGUACGCUGCCAGCCAAGACCUGAGCUUUCAGAUAAACGUCACUUUCAGCUUCCCAGCUUCAGCCUCGUCCCUGGAACUGGUCAGGGGUCUGGUCAGGAAGCCACGCUGCAACCUGAGGAUCAGCCAGCUGGAUGGCUUCAGUAUUUCCAGAUCACUCCUUCUGGAGGUGGGGCUGUGUCUGGGCUCCAAGGUGGAGAGCCUGGCCCUUCCUGGUAGCAGCAUCACCGAGGCCUCCCUGCUGGCCCUCCUCCCUCGUCUCACGUCGCUUCGCAGGCUGGACCUCAGAGGCCUGGACACUCUCUUCAUGUCUGGAGCGUUUCUGUCCAGGGAGGAGCACAGACAGCAGGUCAGGUCGGCUUUGAGCGGUCUGAAGGAACUGGAUCUGUCAGACCUGCGUUACCUCUCUGACCUCACCUUCAGUCGCCUCACCGGCUGCACCCCGCACCUCCGCCGCCUCUCACUGGCCGGCUGCCACAUAGCUUUUGAGUUUGAUCCGUAUCAUGGGUGCCCGGUGGGUGCUGUGAAGGACUCCUCGGCUCUUCUGUCACUUAGGAACCUGAAGAGGAUGUUAACAGGGCAGAGGUCCACCCUGGUAGUUCUGGACCUCAGCAGGACCUCCAUCACCCCUGAGUCACUGCGCACCGUCGCACAGGUUCAGGGUUUGGUGUUGGAGGAAUUGUAUCUUCAAGGCUGCAAAGAGCUGACAGACUACUCUGUGGAGAUUCUGGUGAAGCACCAGCCGAGCCUCCUGAAACUGGACAUCAGCGGCUGCACUGAGCUGACCAGCAGGUCUGUGGAGGCUGUGGCUCGAGGCCUGAAGUCUCUGACGCACCUGUCUUUGUCUCGCGACUGGAGGAUCACUGAAAAAGGUCUCGCUGACCUGCUGUCAGUGCCGUCCCUGACGUCUCUGGAUCUGUCCGAGUGUCCACACAUCAGUGGAACAGAAAUGGUGAAAGGCCUGAAGGGAUCCAAAACCAGCAGAGCUAACCUGGAGAUGCUGAACCUGAAGAGCUGCACCUACGUCCGGGAUCUUGCAGUCUUCUCGCUCACGCAGCUCCUUGGAGAUUCUCUUCAUGAGCUGGAUUUGACAUCGUGCGUCAAUGUGACCGACCUGUCGGUGUGUGCUAUCUCCACCUACCUGCAGAAGCUGGUAGUUCUGCGGCUCGGCUGGUGUAAAGAAAUCACUGACUGGGGUCUGCUCGGCAUGGUGCAGAAAACCCAAAGCGAACCUGACGACGAGACGGAAGAUCGAGGUCCGAGGUUUACCCGGACGUUCGGCAACAUGGGCUUCUUUAAACCCCCUCGAAUACCUUUUGAGGAGCGACCCAAGAUGGUGACCCAGAACGACCUGCAGCAGUUCAAACAAAGAGCCGGAGCUUCACUUUUAGCCCUGAAAAGGCUGCAGGAGCUGGACCUCUCAGCCUGCGCCAAACUCACCGACAGCAGCAUCACACAGGUGGUCCGUCACCCAGAGCUCCAGCGAUUGUCCCUCUGCAUGCUGCCAGAAAUCACCGAUGACAGCUUGGCGUCAGUGGGCCGGCAUUGCCGCAGCCUCACCAGCCUGGCGCUAAGCCAGUGUCCAGGCAUCACCGACCGUGGAGUGGCCCAAGCAGUGCCCCACCUCCAGCGGCUGCAGCACCUCCACCUGUCCUGCUGUAACAUCACUGACAGGUCUGUGUUCCUCCUGAUGCAGAACUGCAAGCGUCUGAAAACAGUCGACGUCUCACGGUGUAAAAACAUCUCCAUAACGGCGGUGGAUCUCCUCCAAUCACGGCUGCCGUUUUUGGAAAACGUUCAUCACAAACUCAUAGGUGGGGCUGACCUUCCUCUGACCGACUGA